AUGACUCAACAUACUCCUACUCAGCCACAAAAGAAAUACGUUUUGGUCACAGGUGGUGCUGGUUACAUCGGUUCUCACACUGUUGCUGAAUUGAUUGAAAACGGGUACGAAUGUAUCGUUGUCGAUAAUUUGGAUAAUUCCUCAUACGAAUCUGUCUCCAGAUUGCAAAUCUUGACCAAGCACAAGAUCACUUUCUACCACACCGAUCUAUGUGACAAGGAAGAAUUGAGAAAGAUCUUUGUCAAUCACAACAUCGACUCUGUUAUCCAUUUUGCCGGUUUGAAAGCCGUCGGUGAAUCCACUCAAAUCCCAUUGAAAUAUUACAGAAAUAACAUCUUGGGUACUUUAGCUCUAUUAGAAUUGAUGCAAGAAUACCAUGUUGAAAAAUUAGUCUUCUCCUCCUCUGCCACUGUCUAUGGUGAUGCCACUAGAUUCCCAGAUAUGAUCCCAAUUCCAGAAGAAUGUCCUUUAGGUCCAACCAACCCAUACGGUAACACCAAAUACACCAUUGAAAAGAUCUUGAACGAUUUGUACGAAUCUGAAAAGAAGAACUGGAAGUUCGCUAUUUUAAGAUACUUCAACCCAAUUGGUGCUCAUCCUUCCGGUUUGAUCGGUGAAGAUCCAUUAGGUAUUCCAAACAAUCUUUUACCAUACAUGGCUCAAGUCGCUGUUGGUAGACGUGAAAAAUUGAACGUUUUCGGUAACGAUUACGACUCUAGAGAUGGUACUCCAAUUAGAGAUUAUAUUCAUGUUGUUGAUUUAGCAAAGGGUCACAUUGCUGCUUUGAAAUACUUGGAUAACACUAAAUCUGAAGGUUUAUGUCGUGAAUGGAAUUUAGGUUCUGGUACUGGUUCCACCGUCUUGGAAGUCUACAGAGCCUUCUGUGAUGCCUGUGGUGAUGAUAUCCCAUAUGAAAUCACUGGAAGAAGAGCCGGUGAUGUUUUGAAUUUAACUGCCAAGCCAGAUAGAGCCACCAAUGAAUUACAUUGGAAGACUGAAUUGAAUGUUGCUGAUGCUUGUAAAGAUUUAUGGAAAUGGACUACUGAAAACCCAUUCGGUUACCAAUUGAAAGGUGUCGUGGAUAAAUUUGCUGCUCAAAAGGAUGAUUUCGAAUCAAGAUUCAUUACUUUAGGUGAAGGUACUAAAUUCGAAGUCACUUUUGCCAACUUAGGUGCCACCAUUGUGGAUAUUAAAGUCGAUGGUCAAUCUGUUGUCUUGGGUUACAAAGAUGAAGCUGGUUAUUUACAAGAAGAUACCGCUUAUAUCGGUGCCACUAUUGGUAGAUACGCUAACCGUAUUGCCAAGGGAAAAUACACUUUGAACGGUAAAGAAUAUCAAUUAACUAUCAACAAUGGUGAAAACUGUAACCAUGGUGGUCCAUCUACUUUCCAUACCAAGAAAUUCAUGGGCCCAUUAGUUCAAAACCCAAAAAAAGAUAUUUUCACUGCUGAAUUCCUUUUAUUAGAUUUCGGCAAAGAAUUAAAUGAAUUCCCAGGUGAUUUAAUCAUUCAUGUCAAAUAUAUCGUUAACGUUGCUGAAAAGACUUUAGAUAUCGAAUAUCAAGCUGAAUUAGUCAAUGGUGAAGCUACUCCAAUCAACAUGACCAACCAUACUUAUUUCAACUUAAACAAAGUUAACAAGGAAACUUUCGCCGGUACUGAAUUAAGAGUCGCUUCUGCCAGAUCUUUGGAUAUGGAUAUGAAGAGAGUUGUUCCAACUGGUAAGAUCAUCACUAGAGAAAUUGCCACUUUUGAUUCCUCUAAGCCAACUGUCUUGGGUGAAAAGACUCCAGAUUAUGAUUACGCCUUUGUCAUCGAUGAAAAUGAAAAGAUUACUGAUGUUAACACUGCCAAGAGAAGAAAGUUAACCACUGUCGCUAAAGCUUACCAUCCAGAAUCCAAGAUCGGUUUGGAAAUCUUAACUACCGAACCAACUUUCCAAAUUUACACCGGUGAUUGGUUAUCUGCAGGUUACACUCCAAGACAAGGUUUCGCUGUCGAACCAGGUAGAUAUGUCGAUGCUAUUAACCAUGAACAAUGGAGAGAAUCUGUCAUUUUGAAACGUGGUGAUGUUUACGGUUCCAAGAUCGUUUACAGAUUUACCUAA